AACAGCUAAUCCGCCGCGGUGUGGGCGUGGGGUCGCGGUCGGGAGAGCGGGGCGCUCCUCUUUCCUUCCCCUAGUCUGGGUUUCAGAUUUUGAGUAGGGGCUCAUCGACAUUUCUGGCAGCGGCUACUACGACCUAGGUGCCGAGUCCGUCGGAGGCUCCUUUGCCGCUCGACCCUUUAAGGCUAGCAGGAACGCCCCUCGCAGCCUUGCGUUCGCAGAGCCAGCGGGAGUGCAGGCUGCCGGGCGGACAGCCUCACGGGUCACCGUGGAUAAGAGGGCGGACAGCCUCACGGGUCACCGUGGAUAAGAGGGCGGACAGCCUCACGGGUCACCGUGGAUAAGAGGGGGUUCGUGCGUCCCUCUCGGGCGGGGCCUGGUACUUUCGUUGUAAAGCUCCGGUUUCCUUGGGGGAACACAACGGCUGAGCGCAGUAGGUGCGCCGUCUUUACUCUUCCCCGUUCCCACCCAGGGCCGAAAAGGGUUAAGACGUGGCUGCGGCGUGUUGGGAGAAGUUGUAGUUAUUCGCUAUGCUUCCACUGACUGAGGAGAACAAGCAUGUGGCACAGCUGUUGUUCAGUUCUGGCACCUGUCCAAGAUGCAUCCUCAGAUUCUGUGGUGUGGAUCUUCCCGCACCUUACAAACACCCAGCCAAGGAGUUGCUCAAUGAUCUACAAAAAUUUCUAGAACCGGAAAAACCUGAAUUAAUUUUAGAAGCUCCAAACCCACCAUUGAAGAAAAUUCGUCUCCAUGAAGAUGGGAUUGAUAAUUUGAGUGGAGAUGGCAAGGAGGGAGUCUCUGUUACUGAAGACGAAAGCACGGCUGAGAAGCCUUCAAAGCUGGGAGUGUGCAAUGUCUGCUUAGGGGUCCUUCAGGGAUUCUGUGAGAAGGGGUUUAUUACGGAGGUGUGCCAAAAGGUUGAAGCCUCUGGGUUUGAAUUCACCAGCGUGGUUUUAUCUGUGUCCUUCCCACCGCAGCUGUCUGUGAGAGAGCACGCUGCAUGGUUGUUGGUAAAACAGGAAAUGGGAAAGCAGAGUCUAUCCCUGGGAAGAAAUGAUGUAGUCCAGCUGAAAGAAGCCUACAAGUGGAUAACUCACCCCCUGUUUUCAGAGAAGCUGGGCGUUCCCACUGAUGGGAAGAGCUUGUUCGAAGUGAGUGUGGUCUUUGCUCAUCCAGAAACAGCUGAAGAUUGCCAUUUCCUAGGUGAAGUUUGCCCAGAUUGUUUCAAACCAGCUAAAAAUAAACAAUCGGUAUUUACCAGAAUGGCAGUUUUGAAAGCUUUGAAUAAGAUAAAAGAAGAAGACUUCUUCAUGCAAUUUCCUUGUCCUCCAACCUCUCCGAAGACUGUAUGCUCUGUCCUUGAGGUUGAGUGCACUCACAGUGCUGUUUUUGUCGCUGGCAGAUAUAAUAAAUACUCCAGGAAACUACCACAAACUCCUUGGAUAAUUGAUGGAGAAAGGAAAAUGGAAUCUUCGGUGGAAGAAUUAAUUUCAGAUCAUCUACUGGCAGUAUUCAAAGCAGAGAGUUUUAAUUUCUCAUCCUCGGGACGAGAAGACGUAGAUGUGAGAACAUUAGGAAAUGGAAGGCCCUUUGCAGUUGAGCUGCUGAAUCCUCAUCGAGUGCAUUUCACCUCACAAGAAAUGAAGGAGCUCCAGCAGACAAUUAAUAAAUCAUCUGACAAAAUCCAAGUCCGUGACUUGCAGCUUGUCACAAGGGAGGCAAUAGGGCAUAUGAAAGAAGGUGAGGAAGAAAAGACUAAGACCUAUAGUGCCUUGAUAUGGACGAAUAGAGCUAUCCAGAAGAAGGACAUUGGGUUCCUGGACGACUUAAAGGACUUAAAGAUUGACCAGAAAACACCUCUCCGAGUCCUUCACCGAAGGCCUUUGGCUGUGAGAACUCGGGUCAUUCACUCUAUGGAGACACACUACCUGGAUGAGCAUCAUUUUCGUCUGCAUUUGAAGACCCAAGCUGGAACCUACAUUAAAGAAUUUGUACAUGGAGACUUUGGGAGAACCAAACCAAACAUUGGCUCUUUGAUGAACGUGACCGCAGACAUUCUUGAGCUAGAUGUGGAGUCUGUAGAUGUUGACUGGCCGCCUGCUCUGGAUGACUAGCUCCCACAUGUGAACACAAAAGGCUUUCCUGGCAUGAUGUGGAUAUACAGGCAGCAUAUCCUGGAAAAUGACUGUUUACCCACCAUAACGGUGUCUUCAGAACCACUUGGAUCAUGUUGAUCUGUUCCUAAAGUUCACUGUAACAUCUCAGGAUCUAUUUGUAUGCAUAUUUUGUGUUGUAGUGUUCUAAGAAUGUCUUAUGUUUUCUCAUUCCCUGUCUCAUGACCACAAAACCAAAGUAGGAGGAAUCAAUCCAUUUUCCUUCUAAAGUCUGUUACUUAGAGAGAUAUGUAAUGGGAGGCACUGUCAGUUAGAUGAGGUAGGACUUCUUCUAGCAUAAUCUCCUACAAGAGCCGAUACCUUUAAAGUAAUUUGGUAAAGCUUUCAGAUCAUCUGAGUAAAUGUUACAACUUGACUCAUGUAGAAGGGUGUCCUAUAAUAUUCCAAUAUGUCAAACGUAAAUCUGAUUCUAAUAUUUUCCAGUUACCCUCAAGCAAGCUUCUAUUAUCAAUAGAAGUACUUUAAGGAAUGAUUUGUCAUAGUCCUUACAAUUUUGACAAUCGAAAAUUGUCAGUAUGUGUCUCCUGCAAAGGCAAGUGACACCUUACCACUGGAGGGUACUCUAGACACUGCCUACCUCUUUUGUCUUUUACAUAAAGAGAAACAAGUGCCUUCAGUAACUUUUGUCCCAGAGUUACAGAUUUGAAAAUUCAAUAAUACUAAACAAAGACAAGCAUAUUUUGGUGUUUCAAUUAUUUUCUAAUUUCAAAUGGUCUACCUAACAUCUAAUUACAUAAACAAGGAAACAAAGGUUAAAUGACACACCUAGUUACUCUUGUAACCAGGUCUGGAGCUGAUGUGUGUCUCCAGGGGCCUUUCUAAAAACCCUUGUCAGGAGCACCUGCAUCUCCUGUGGAUGACAGUGCCCUCAAGGAGGACAGCUAGGCUUACAAAACCAGGAGGGUGGCUUCUGGAACUUGGAAAUCAAGUGGCGCCCCCAAGAAAUGGCUAAUGUAUGUCUUAGAUGAUCUCAUAAUUGUCACUUGUAAUGGCACAGUGAAGAGAAAUCUCAAACAUAUUGAACCAGAAGAAUUAAUCACCAAAAAUACCAGAAGGGAAGCUCAAUAAAAUUUUGACUUAAGUAAAAUUUUCAUCAGCUAGUGCAACUUCUUGACUUUUUUUUGAUGCAUUGAUUUGAAUAGCAUUUGAUUAUUCACUUUUCUCAUCUUUGCACACAAUUCAUACUGACCCUGAAGAUGUAUUAUAUCAGGAAGAUGUUUUUGAUUGAGAUGAAAGGGCAGCCUACUCCUUUGAAACCUUGUUUCAUCAUGUGUGAAUAAUAGCAAAGGGUUUUUCAUUGUCAGAAAAUUGAAAAGGAGAUAACAGAAACUAACUGAUAAAAAGUGAAAAGUUAAAGACUUCUAUGGAAUAUUUCUCAGCUUCUGAUGAAAUUUUGCUAAAAGAUUUAAAU